UCUCAAUCCGACCCGUGUCCCGAACUGAACGUACCGCGUGAAAAAUGUGUAAUGUUUGCACUCGUGAUGUUGCGACCGCGCCGGCGCCGGCUCCUGUCAAGCCGAGCAAGGCGAUAGAACGUCUGAAGAAGAAGCAUAAUAUCAUCACAGACCCCACUGACGAAGAGAAGCAAAAGGAAGUGGAGUAUCAGCCCGACCUGCUCGCUCUCUCGACCCAGUACUCCAAGCUGGCUUACGACAUCUUCAAGCAAACUGUCGCGCGGUUCCAGGAAACGAAAGCCUACGCAAUCGCGACGAAAACAACUCAGCCGUUCCACGUAGCACUAGCAGUACUUGUGGUUAUCGCUUGGAUGACCAGGUCUGGCUCCAUCGGUAAUCUGCGUGGCUGGCGUGCUCUGUAUGUAGGAGCUGUGGCCACACAUCUUGGCGCUCAAAUAUGGAUGACUUUGAUAUCUGGAAUUGUUCUGUACUUUGCCCUUCCUCGCCACGAAUUCGGCCGCGUUCAGACUGUGCUGUUUCCUGUGUACUACGCGUUCAACUCGCUAGUGAGCCUGCUGGCUGUGCUAGCGUACUUCCGGACGCAAUGCCUAACUCACUUUGAAAACACUUCCUGGGUACAACUAGCACUUCUGUUAGUCGUAUUCAGUAUAGAGGCGUACGUCCGCUUGUGGCUCGUUAGACCGAUGUUGCGAGCCAAGCACGUCAAGACACAGAUGGAAGAAGCCGCAGGGGGAGGACAGGAAAUUGGUCGCCUUAUUCUCGGAGAGUUGGCUCACUGUCCUCGUUACUUGCGUGUUCUGAAGACCUUCCGUGCAUAUCACUCAUCAAUUGCCAUGGGCACCAUGAUCACCCUCGGCUGUUCAUUCUACUCCACCAUGAUCUUGGUGGACUCUAUGUGCCAUUAAAUACAAGUUUUAAGAACUUCAGGAAUUGUAAGGACUAGUCCACAUUAUUCGAGGCGGUCACGAGAUAAUAAGUAUUUGUAUGAAUAAAGUAGAUUCCCCAGUAAAUGUUUCAGUUUGUCUGAUGCUUGCAGUAUGAAUUAGCUUUAAAUUUUACUGACUUCUAUGUUUCAUUUCAUCAUUAAAAUAUGAAAAUAAGAAUUAACGUAAGUCUCCUUUCACACUUUUACCAAACGUCAUGAAUCAAUUUUCAGUAAUAUGUGUGCUUGCCCGUAUUUUAUUUUUUAUCUGUGCAGAAUUAAUCAAUGACUUAACUCUAUAAUUGUCAUUUUAAUUAAAGUUCGAAAUAUAAAAUACGCACAUACUUCAUUACUUUUCUGUCGCCAUUUUUUGAGCAGUCUUAUCUAGUAAAUCUCCUCUCCUUUUAAGGAAAAGGCAUUACUACACAAAGCUGCUCCAGUAAGUGCUUGGUGGAUACAUGUAGCAGAAUUCUUAUGAAACAUGCAGGUUUCCUCACGAUGUAUAUUCCUUCAUCUUGGAGCGCAAGAAGAAGUAAUUACCAAUUAAGCAACUAAAACCGUGCUGUAUCCAAUGGUCCAUCUUGACUCACAAAUUUCAUUCAAAAUUAUUUUUCGUAUUUAUUUUAUUUCAAAUUUUGGUACUGCAUUUGAAAAUAUAUCAGAAUUUCUCAACGUUAUUGAAAAAAACUUUUAUGAAUUUAUUAACCAAACAUUUUAUGGAAUUAUCUUAUUUUAUAUAGCAUUGACAUUUUUUCGGUGUACUUAUUAAGAUAUAAUACUCUUAUUGCAAAAUUUAUGGACUAUAUAUUAAAAAACAAAAGUUUUUUUUUCAAUUGAGAACGUUUAAGGGUAUAUUUUAUUAAGCAAUUAUCAUUAGUUAGUUCCAUGUCAGGCUGUGAGGUCUGUUAUAUAAAAUGUUUAUGUUAUUAAUAGUUUAUUAGCCAAACAAAAAACAAAAGGUAUGUGAGGCGCUGGGCGCACGAAUUGUUUUCUUGAAAAACUGGAAUGAGUUGUUCUAAAUUGUAUACAAUAUAAUUAAUACAUCUAGUAAGUUAAAAAUUAAAUAAUACGCAUGGAUUAGAGUUAUAUAAUCGUAAAAAAAAAUUAUAAAUAAAUAUGAAGUGUAAAUUGUUUGGAAAGAGCAAUAAAAUUAAAAUAUCGUUAUUAAUGUAAACACGAUUACAAGAAGAAAUCUAUUCAUGUAUCAAUUUAUUUUAUUUCGUUAGCAGUUAGUAAAAAUAUAUCAAAUCGUGAGCAAUGUUUUGUUUUAAUUUUAAGUUUUGUAUUAAGAGCUUGUAGCCAAUUUCGACAUAGGAAAUUGGCGUAUGUAUUCUUGCCACUGUUAAUGUAAACGUCGUUUAAAAGAUGCUAGAACUACCACACACUGCAGAUUUUUUAUAGAGCACUAAUAAUUUGCUGUUUAUUAAUUUCAUUAUAAAAUCGGUUACAACAAAUAUAUCCAAGAAAUCGACGAUCCGUGGUAGUUGUCAGCGACCGCAGCCAACCCAUCUCUAAGCUGCUUGAUUAUGAGGUUCUCGAAUUGAUUACUUUCUUAUUAUCUACGAUACUGCCAUAAAGUUUAGCGUUUAACGUAGAAGUAAGACUUGUAUAGUGUCUCCAUUUGGUAAGCAAUAAUCGUAAAAAGGCUGAACGCAGCAUUGGCGAGGUCAGCAACUUAUUUAUUGCUAUUUUGUGGCUCAGUCUUUUGUUCAGCCGCGAGUUCCUUCAAGGAAUUGAUAGUGGACAUACUAAACUAAUACAAUUUGCGGUAACAAAGAGUUAUGCCUUGAGAUAGACAAGUGCUUACAUUGUGUAAGAUCUAGUCAGCAAUAAACGGAGAGUGAUCGUUAAAUCGCAGUAUUAUUGUGCUUAUACGUGUUAAUGAAACCGACCCUUAAAUUCUCUGAUCGCACUCUAUUAAAAGCGAUCAAGCAGCUUAAGCCCAUAAGGCUGGGGUUAGCAGAAUAUUAAAAUUAUUAAUUUUACGUUAGUUUUAUAUUAUAAUAUUAUUUGUUUAGCGUUAAAGGAUAUAUUUUAAUGAUGAUCUGAAUGUUAACAUGUAAGAUUUUGUUAUUUAUUCGAGAGAAUGUUGAAAGUAUUAAAACAUUGAAUAAACAGAUACGAUUGAGA